CGAAGGAAAAUAUUUUGUGUGACAGUUGGCGAAACUGCUAAUCAUAAACAUGGGCACUGCUAGUGCAGAGUACUGAUCGUUUAUGAGAAGUGUAAUUUUCACGUUAUAUGCAAGAGUAAUUAAUGAUGUAGUGAUUGAACAAAAAAUAUAACCCGUGAGUGAGUUUUCAUUAUAUUUUUUAGAUGCUUGAAAAGUACGUUAAGUUUUGGAGAUUUGCAUAAAGUGUCAAUACAUCGCGACAUCGAUGUUGAUUAAUCCCGCGCUUUCUUAUGUGUCGAAAUAUUCAAAAUAUUUAGUAGCCUUUAAAAAUCUUGCGAAAAAAUUCAACGUUAAUUUUUAGGUUGGUUUAGCUUCCAGGGGGUUGGGAACUAAUACUAUCUGCAUUAUGUACACGUUGAAUAUCAUGUAUAUAUUGAAGUGACAGUUUUAUUUGUAGAUAGAAGAUAAUUGUUCUCCCAAACAGUUUGCAGUUAAAUCGACGUGAACAAUGGUUAGUGAAAGCGAUAGUGGUAUGGUCAUUUCCAAAAGACCAAAAACAAAAAUUGGAAAGGAACUAUCCAACGUUUCUAACAGUGAAGAACCCGAUGGCUUAAAACAAGAAAGUAAAAAAGGUACAUCAGCACUUUGUGAAGAUGUAUCAGUUAAACAUAAGAAAGCAAUUAAACGCAUUAGGGAGUCGGAUGAAGAAAGUUCCAUUACAUCCGAUGAUGAAUCUAUGUCAAAAAAAAGGAUUAGAAAAAACUCUGAAGAUAGGUGUGUGUCAGAGCGUCCCAAAAAAGUGGUGAGUGAUGCAGCUAGAAGGAGAAGAGAAGCUCUUAAGGCAGUCAGGGAAAAUAAGAUGGCAGCUUUGGAGUCAGAUAGUGAAAGUGAUUCUGAUGUAUCAGAAUUCAGGCAUAUUCGUGCUAAAACAAAUCAGGGUAAUGUUGAAAAAGGUUCAGAUAACAAGUCUGAAGAUGAUUCUACCUCUAACUCAAAAAAACAUUCAAAUUCUGAAGAAGGUAACGUAGCUAGAAAUCCAAAAUCCCUCAUAAGUAGUGUUAAAGAUAAAAAAUCUCAAAGAGAGAAAACUUCAGAAAAAACUGUAGCCAAAAAUGAGGAAUCUAGUUCUGCUUACAAUAGCGACUCAGAUAAUGGGAAAAAAAACAAGGAAUCAUCAGAGACUAUUAGGUUUGAAGAUGAACAAAGGAAGUGUAACAGUGAUAACAAAUCUACCAAAUUUCCUAAAAGAAAGUCAUCUCUUUUAGGCAUGAAAAAAUCAGGUAAAUGUGUUGAUUCUGGAAGUGAUGUAGACAGUGAACAGGAACAUAUCCAAAUGGCAUGCCUGGAAAAAAAAUCUUUUAACAAAUGUGAUGAAAAUAGUAAAGGUAAAUGUGAAGUGGAUAUUAAGCAAAAAGAUAAACAUCAUAUUCAAUCAAGCAAUAGUGAUGACGAACUUAAUAGUUCGAAGGAUGAGUCUACUAAAGAUACAAAUGUAAAUAAAAAGGAGAAAAUGAAGCAGAUAAGUCAGAACACACCCUCAUCAUGUAAUGAAAGUAGUUCUGAUGAAGGAAAGAUUAAUAAAGAGAGUUCCAGGAAACAAAAAAUAAAACUUGGACAAAAAAUUUCAACAAAAUCUCGAAAAGAUGAACAACCGUCACAGGGUGAAUGUUCAUCAGAUUCUGACAGACAGUGUAGUUCAUCCAAAGAUGACACUUCAAAUGACGACAGUUCUUUUAAAAAAGCCAAACCUCAGAAAAAAGAUGCCCAUAGGAAAGGCAGAGCUGUGGAUCAGUCCUUGAAAGGUCAAAAUUCUUUCCAAGAAGAGAGUUGUUCAGAGAAUGAACAUCCAUCAAAGAAAACAAAAUCAUCUACUAAGGCUCAAAGCUAUUCAGAUUCAGAGAAGUCAAACAUCAGUGUUGAUUUAAAAUCUCAAAGUAAGAGCAAGUCGAAGAAAAAUGAUUCAGAGAGUUCAGAAAGUGAUUUUGAAAAUUGUAAACCUUCAAAUAAAACAAAAUUAUUAAAAUGUAACAAAACACCAUUGAAACAGAAAAUAACAGUGACAAAAAAAGAGAUCUCGGAUACCAGUGAUUCUGAAGGAGAGUCAGAGCCGGUUAAAGAGAAGAAAAUGUCUGAAAAAGUAUACAAUAAAAGUAAACGAUCAAAAAAGAAAUCUACAGCAAGUUCAAAUGUCUCAUCUGAUGACGCUGUGGACUCAAGUGACAAUUUAACACUUAAAAAGUCAAAAGUUAAAGUGACACCAAAUAAAUCUGAUACAAAAUUAGUGCCAAAAAAAGUGCAGAAAAUAUCCGAUGAAAGCGAGUUAAGUGACAUUGGAAGGGAAAAUAACUUGGGAAAGAAACAAGUGAAUGACUCUAUUAAGAAGCCAAGUGAAGUGAAAAAAGAGCCAAGUGAUUCAGAGACAUCAAGUGGAGAAAGGAAGUCAGAAAAUAAAUCAUAUAAAUCUUUCAAAGUUUCUAAAGCAAUUAAGAAAGAGAAAGACAGUAACGAUUCUGAUAGUACAAGUGAAAUGUCAAAAUGUGAAGUAAAACAUGAAAUCAGUGAUUCUGCUAAUUCUAGUGAUUCUGAAUAUGAUGGGAAGAACCGUAAAGGCACUGAGGGCAAGGUAGUGAAGACAAAAGAGACCAAUAAAAAUAAGUCUCUGUCAUCCGACAGUGACAAUGAUUCAAGUAAAAAUGUCAGCAAAAAAAACAAAAAGGCUCCGGGAAAAAUGGAGAUUAAAAUCAAUAAUUUAAAGAAAUAUGUCAGAGCAUGCGGCAUUCGUAUUAACAAUUACACCACCUUUUGGGAAGGGUGUAAAAACGAUAAGCAGAAGGCAGACAAACUGUCAAAGGUGCUUGAAGACUUUGGCUUGAAAGGCAAACCAUCAUUACAGCGGUGCAAAAAGCUUCGCAAGAAAGCCGAGAGAAAGCGAGAAGUAGAAGAACUGGAUCUUAGUAACAUAAUUGAUACAGAAGAGAAUGCUGGUUAUAUCAGACGUCGUGGUUCAAGGAGAAUGUCAAUUAAGAGAGAAGAAUCCCCUCAGGAUCAUGAACAGAAGGCAGCAGAAAGAGCUGCUGACUGGAAGCGGUCGUUCUCACGCAUUAAAGACCUUUGUGAUAGUGAUUCUAGUUCAGGUUAAAGAUGGAAAGAGAAUUAUAUUUUUGUUCUUUUAAAUUUUAGAACAUUGAGUCAUGUUUUUACCUGUAUGAAACGAACAUUUUUAUUUAUCUCUAAAAAUUGGUUUGACUAUGCUCAUUGAAUUAAUUUACUAGAUUCAUGUAACUACAUGCAUUGUGUUACCUGAAUAUAUUUUGUGCCUGAUAAAGUAGGAAUAGUACCUCUGACACACUAGUGAAGUAUUAUUUAUAGACUGCCUCAUUUUGUUGUGUAUGUAUUUCAAUGAAUGGACAGUUGUGCAGUUCCAAAAUUUAAUUUCUGAGGAAGUAGUUAUCACUUUCACUCGAUUUCUUCAGAUUGUAAACUCAACUUUUCUGAUACUUGGAAUCGUUUUAUAUACUCUAUUUUUAUUGACCAUGGAUUUUAAAAUGGAUAUUUCAUUGCAUAUACAUAGUGUGUUUAAAAAGAAAAUCUUUGUGUAACAUAAGUUUUAAAAGUCUUCCUGAGUUAGUCUCCAACUAGUGAUAAAUUAUGACUUGCUAAUUUCACCAGUAUCGUAGUGCAAACCCAGAUUGUGGAACUUUUACCCUCAGUAAGGGCACAGCAGUACAGCAUGUGACUGCAUUAAGUACUGACAACAUUUACUCACUCGCCAAUCUAUACAGAUAUUUCUUCAAUAUUGGCUUAACAAUCAAACUUGUUCAUAAUUAUGUUUUAAAAUGUGGUAAACUAUGCAUAAAGAGUUAAACAUGAAACCAUGCACCCAAUUUACAAAAAUACACAAGACCACUGCACUAAUACAAUGACAAUUCAUUAGCCAUUGAUAGGCAUGUAUUUUUCCAAGUACUGUUUUUGAUUGUAAUAUUUCUUUUAAGUUCAGAUUUCAUUAAAGAUGUUAAUACUCUACUGAAAUGACUUCUAAAUACAAUCUCUACUGAUCAUUUCUACUAAUGUCAGGUUGGACCGUAUCUGAAUGAGCAUAGUAAAACCAAUUUUCAAAAGACCAUUACUGAUCAGAAGGAUCCCAUGAUUGAAGGGUUCAGAAGUAAAAGAUGAUAACUCGCCAAAUUGUAGUUUUGGGACACUUGGGCUCCUGCUGCUUGUUUUUUAUGCAGCAAGAUACUCAUGUAGUUCAAUUUAUAUCCCAGAUCGUCUGUUAUUUAUGUAAAACUGUGUAAUGCACUCUCAUUUGAAAAAGUGAUCUGUAUGGGCUAUCAUGGUUUGAACCCAUUAAUUCAUAUCUCCUUUGCAAUUGUGACUUUAAUGAUAUAAGAAAUUCAGUGGUUUAUAAAUAAGCAAAGUUGUCAAUAAUGAGAUUCCUUGUACAGUGGGUGGCCAAAUUAUUAUCAUCUGCAUUCGUGAAUCAAAUUCAAAUAUCUUUAAAUUGUAUUUAUUCAUAGUUAUAUUUUACAUACAACAUCAUGUUGUACACUAAUAUACAAAUGUCAUAGAUUAUGUAACACCUGAAAUAAGGAAGGUAAUCUUUUCUGAUGCCACCUUUUCAUUUGAUCACUUGCAGUGCUCUUUUUGGUCUGCCUUCAAUUAACUUUUUGACAGUCUCGUUGAUUUGCAAAUUAUGGAACCUGAACAAUGUAUUCUAGAUGAAAUUUUUUCUGAAUCAUCUUUGUAAGAGAGUGGAUUUCUCUACCAAAAUCUCAAAUGUUGAUUCUUGUGAAAAACAUUCUUGACAAACAGAAAAGGUUAUGUUAUCCAUUUAUUUAAGACUUUUGUUAAAGCUGUGAAUACCUUGCUGUAGUAAAACCAAUAUGGAAUACCUGAUUCCAAUCAUCGGACAUAUGGUGAUUAUCUCUUGCUCAUUGAAGUCUCUUAGAUAUCAUAGCCUGAGUGAGUCUUGGCUUUUUGACCGGCCUAUGGGAUUUUAUUCCUUCUAAGAGCUCCCAACAUAAGGUAUUUUCAGAAAUUUGAAUUCCGGAAUUUUUAACCAUCUUCAUAAUGACAUCACUGCUCUUCUUUCUGCUAUUCAAACAUCUAUCCUUGAUCAGUAAAAACUAAUGUUGAAUUAAAGCUUUCAUUUCAUAUCUUUGCUUCAGUGCAAUGACUUUUAUCUCACCCUUGUCAAAUUUAGAAGAGUUGUAAUAUCUUUUACUAUUUAGACUUGUGGGUAUGUAAGUAGUUGUCCAUAAAUUACAUAACGCUAAAGGGAGGAGGGGGCGUGGGGCAACGUUAUGCUGGGUUACGUAGAGGAAGGGACUCUAUUAGUGUUACUUAAUAUUGAUAUUUUUUAAACAUUUUUUAAAUACUUCCUUUUUUGAGUUUUUUACUAAAACAAAACUACAUAAUUUGUUUUAAAAUAUAAAUAAUUUAAAGUUAUUAAACAUUGUUACAAUUAAUGAAAAUAUUUUUUCAUCGCUUUUUUAUUGAGUCCGUAAGAUUACAGAGAAAAUAUUCAAAAGUGAUGUGUAGCAUAUUCUAGAAUCCAUGGCUCAGUAGACUCUUGCCCUUGUGACAUCCACAACUAUGUGUGCAUGGCUUGUGAUCACAACUUUUCUUGUUUAUGCAUUCUUUCACUCAAAAUGUGCCCUCAAUCUCAUUGUUAGUUGCUGACAAUAUUAACAACAAAUUCUGACCUUAUUUAUAAAUUUUAAUGUGCUGCACAAAUAAAAAGAAUACAAUUUUUUAUUGUGCUAUAAUUUAUUUUCACUUGCAUUUAAAAGGGCUGUGUUGUCAUAGGUGUUACGUAAGUAUUUAGGGGGUUCAAGCGCAUGUUAUAGGUGUGUUGCAGGGAGGAGAAGGGGAUUAGAAAAUACUCCAAAUUUGCUUUAUGUAAUUUAUGGAUGGCCCCUAAUUAAAAUUGCAUUGAAUACAUUAAAAUAGCACCACUGUCAAUACUCUAUUACUACAAUCAAAUUUGCCCAUUAUUUCCUCAUGUAAUCAACAAAACAUGAACAUAAAAUUGCUGCUAACUUGUUAGUGUGGCAGGCAAUGAUAAAACGGGUGUACCAGUUGCUUUAAGUGAUUACCAAAAAGGAAUCGGAUGACAAAACUGUUAUUGGCAAUCCACAUAAUGAUCCUUGUAUAGUAUAAUAAAUGGCUCGUAUAAAAAGAAAAACUAUAAUAAAGCAAAAUUGAAGUGAUUAUAAUAAAUUUUACCACCCACUGUAUUUCAAAACUCAUUUUCUAAUUUUAAAAAUUGUAAUAUAUUUCUUCAGUAUUUCUUGAUUGAACAAUCAUUUAUAUUUUUAUACAUUCAUACAAGAUAAAUUGCUUUAUAUGUGCUUAUGUUUUAUAAAUUGUUCCCUUUGUGACAUUCCUAACAUUCCCAAAUGAAGAAAUCAUUAUCAUUCAAAUACAUUCAAAAAUUACUUGUUUUUAAAGUGAGGUAAUCUGUUGAGCUUAACAUUAGUAAAUGAACAUUCUAAUUCUUGAACUAGGAGUAUUUAAAAAUGCUUAUUGCAUAGUUUG